CCGGGUCCACUUCCUCGGGACUCCCCUGCCUGGGACUUCCCCGCUUCCUCGGGCGCCAGAGGAGCUAGAGAGCGGGGAGUAGCCCACAUGGAGGGAGCGCUCACUGGGCGUCAGGCGUCGCGCCAAGCGCUCCGAGGUUCGCUUUCCGCUGGGACAGAUCCCAUUUUAGAGAGGAGGAAACUGAGGCGUGGAGCGGUCUAGCCACGUGUUCAAGGUCACUGCCCGGGAAUGUGACCAGUCCGUCGGAGUCCGGAGCCGCACUCUUAGUCACUUGGCUGUGCUGGCCCCAGGCGACCUCGUCCCCCCCCCCUCCCCGCCCCAGCGACACCUGCAGGUUCCUAACCUCGCUCUUCCCUCCAUCCCCGGGGAUCCCUGCUUCCUCGCGUGCUCCUGACAAACGGACAGACUGCCGUGAGCUCCAGACAGCCAGACACAUUCUUUGGCCGCCUCAGUCGUGACCUGACAGCCGUCCUUUUUGGAGCCUCGCAGCGGGGAACCGCUGGGCUGGUGAAAAAGCACUCGCGGUGCAUUCUCCCACACUGAUCUUGUCCACUGGAGGUCACUUGGGGUGGAAGAGAGUCUCCUUGACCCAAAAUAGAACGUUUGAACCUGCUUCUAGAAAGCCUUGAGAAUUGGUUAAAGCCUCUUAAGGCCACAGGUGCUUAGGUGCUUCUUAAGGCCUAUUCCAGUUACACCCUUAGGGGUAGGAGACUGGGGAGGGUGCUUGCAGAGAGAGGUAAAUAUAAUUCACAGGCAGUCAGAAACUUUACCAUAAUACGUAUCUUUGGACAAACUGUAUGCCACAGGAUCGGAGAUGUUUCUUAAGUGUUAAUUUUCAUUGUCUAAAUCUCUUUUAAUAAAUACAGCACCUCCUUUGAAAUUGAAGGGCAUGCUGACAUUGAACUUGGGUUCAAAAGUCAUUUUGGUUUCACUUCUCAAGUGAGAGUGAGUUUUUGGUUGCUUUAAGUUUCGUAUGCUAAGGCAAAGUUUGGCAUGGGAACAAAUGGCUCUGUAACUUUUCUUUAGAAAGAUUUUAUGACUAAUUAUUUUUUAAUCAGGUCUCAGAAUAACUGCCUAGUAUCCUUGCUUCUACCAUAUGUAGUGUUUGUGAACAUGAGACUGGAAAGGUUCUUCUCAGUUUACUUUAUGACUAACUCUAUUACUCGGGUUGAAAAAAAUCAGUGUUCAGAGAGUGAGAGAAGGUCAGGGAACUUGAGAUUGAAAUUGUUCAAACCCAGUCUGAAGUCAGCUUGACCCUGACUCAGUAUCCUUUUUAAAGGGCUGUCAGUAGCUGUCUUUUUUCAUUACUUUUAGAAGUGCUUCUCUCCAUGAGCCUGUGACCUGUGCUGCUUUUUCAAGUUGCCCUCAUAGUGCAAUAGGAUAUAGGGUAACGUUAACGUUCUGCCUUAUAACUGCAUUAUGCUGGCUUUUGUGAAAGAUUUGUGACUUGUUUGAUGAUUUGGGGUUAUAUUUAUUUUAGCAUGUCAAAUUUCAAUGCUGAAGCUUAAUUUUAACAUUUUAGAAGGCCUGCUUCUUAGUGGAAUGGAAUAUUUUGUUUUUAAGGAGUUGGGAAAUUUUGGUCAAACCCAUUAUGCAAACGUACACGUGUAAUUUCACGUUCUGGCGUCCUGACAGAAUCUCUGCCUGGUUUGAUGUUCACAGAAUCUCUGCCUGGUUUGAUGUUCAGCCUUGCCACUUACUAGCUAGCUCUGAUCUGUGGUCUUGAGCAAGAGCCUCUCUUGGUCUCACUUUCCUCAUCUAAACUAGAGGAUGAAGGGAGCAGACUACCUGACUCUCAAGGGCUAAAGGUUCUGCCUAGCAGAGCUUAUUUUCUUUUUGUUUUGAAAAGAUGGCACCCUUUGUUACUUUGUAGCUCUAAUAACAGGCGUGGUUGUUAAGUGCUGUCCAGUCGGUUCCGACUCAUAGCAACCCUGUGUACAACAGAAUGAAACACUGCCUGGUCCUGAGCCAUCCUCACGGUCGUUGCCAUGUUUGCAGCCACUGAGUCAGUCCAUCUCAUUGAGGGUCUACUUCUCUUUUCGCUGACCCUCUGCUUUACCAAGCUUGAUGUCUUUCUCCAGGGACUGGUCUCUCCUAAUAAUAUGUCCAAAGUACAUAAGAUGCAGUCUCGCCAUCCUCCCUUCUGAGGAACAUUCUGGUUGUACUUCUUCUAAGACAGAUUUGUUCAUUCUUCUGGCAGUCCAUGGUAUAUUCAAUAUUCUUUGCAAACACCAUAAUUGAGAGGCAUCAAUUCUUCUUCAGUCUUUGUUAUUGAUUGUCCAGCUUUUGUAUGCACAUGAGGCAAUUGAAAUACCAUGGCUUGGGUCUGGAGCGCUUUAGGCCUCAAGGUGACAUCUUUGGUUUUUAACAUUUUAAAGAGGUGUUGCAGCAGAUUUGCAUAGUGCAAUAUGUCAUUGUUUGAUUUCUUGACUGCUGCUUUUGUAGGCAUUGAUUGUGGAUCCAAGUAAAAUGAAAUACUUGAGAACGUCAGUGUUUUCUGGGUUUAUCAUGAUGUUGCUUAUUGGUCCAGUUGUGAGGAUUUUUGUUUUCUUUAUGUUGACGUGUAAUCCACACCAAAGCCUGCGGUCUUUGAUCUUCACCAGUAAGUGCUUCAAGUCCUCUUCACUUUCAGCAAGCAAGGUUGUGUCACCUGCAUAACGCAGGUUGUUAAUGAGCCGUCCCCCAAUCCUGAUGCUGCUUUCUUCGUGCAGUCCAACCUCUCAGCAUUUCUUGAAACCUUAUUCACAUGGCGCACCUUUAAUAGAUUUCUUCUGUUUUAUAUGUAGUGCUAAACCAGUGGUUCUUUAGUUUCCUUAAUUCACAGCCUCCUUUGAGAAUCUUUUGACUGCUCAGGGGCAAUCUGCCCAGAAAAAUGCCCACAGAGACAACAUUUUGCGUAGAGUUUGAGGGAUUUCACUGACCCGUGAACCACCUAGAGGUCCAUAGAUGGAUACCAGAUUAAGAACACAGCUCCAUACCCUUCCUGAAAGGAAUGCCACCAAGGACAGCCAGACAGAUGGUUGUUUAUGUGACCCAGGAUUAUUCUUCAGCAAUAGUUGACAAAUAGCCAUUUUAAGAAUGUGUGUGUAUGUGUAGUUUAUACCUCAAGGCCAAAUUUCUAUGAACUGUUGAUAUCAGGAGGUUAAGCAGUGGGAACCGGUUCCCUAGGGCUGUCUGCUGUGGAGGAGCUCUUCUGGGGAGCACUCUUGGGAGCCACCUGAAACAACUCGGAGUGGCCUUGCCCACCACAGGUCAGUUCAUAUGAUGGUGACUUCUGUUUCAUUGACACCAUCCCGUCAUAAGCCGAUCUGAUAAUCUCGCUGUGAAGGUGAUGAGUCUCUAAGACUGUUUGCUACUCUAGAAGUUGGGGUUAUAAACUGAAUUGCAUUAAAAAGGUUGUAUGGAAUAAUAAUAAAGCUACUUUGGCCCUCAGUGCUCUGAAUCUUCCAUAGAUAAUUCCUUUUCUUUGGUUCAACACUGUGUUUAUUGCAAGUUUCCGUGUACCUCAGAUUAUUCACUGUGGUCAUCUAGGACUCUUUGACUGUUUGGAAUAAAAGCUGUUUAUUUCUUUUUGUAUGAGGAAGAGGAAACUUUUGUUUCUUUAAUUUAGAAUUGAUCUGUUCUAUUAGUCAUGCAGUGACUAAAAGUACUUGGUGCUUCACAUUUUUGAAGAGUCCCCACUGGAUUUCUUUUAGGAAAAACCAACUAUCGUGGGUGUGGUGAGACACAGAAACCACUCCUAUCCCUUGGAAAGUGGGCAAAGGUGCUUACUCUUUAUUAGGUCCAACAGGAAUAAACCAGUACCAGCAGGAGCUGUGUAUGCCUUUCUUUUUCCUUCUUCCCUGUGGCUAAAUCCUGAGUUCUGUUAUUACUCUCUGUGGCUUCUUAGGUAUACAGAAAUAAGAGUGCUGCCUAAUGUGUAGUUGCUGAGCCUUCCACAGCCGUAAGCUACUUAACAAAGACUGUUAACAGUUGUUUUAAGAUUGGGAAAUCCUGGAACCCAGUUCUUUCAUUUUCUGAUGAGAAAAAUAGAGGCCUGAAGAGGGUCAAAUGACUUCCCUAAAGGUUACCCCACUAACUAAUGGCAGUCCUGGAACUAGCACCUAGAGUGUCCAUCCUAGUACUCUUUCUGUUACUCGACUGCUCAGAUUUUCUUGAUGAGAUAAGUGAAUUCAAAACCAUCCUGUCUUCUGGUACUUGGUCCUUCUAAUACUUUUCCUCCUUGAGUAUGUAUGUGUGUGUGUGUGUGUGUGUGUGUACUUGGAACUUCUUUAUUCACUCUCUGACUCAUAACUGGAAUGCAACAGAAACUCCUACAUACCAAACUACAAUUUACUGAAAUGGUUUCUUUAAAAAAAAAAUGGCUGUAUAGUCUUUGUCAUGUAAAUUCUGACCUCGGAAUAUUGAGUUGUAAAAUAAUUCUUACAAAACUGUGGGAUGUUUAUUUGAGCUUGAUUUAACUUGAAACCUAAAAAAGAAAUUAAAACAGUUUUAGAUUCCAAGCUUUGGAUCUGGUUUUGAUUGUGGUCAGGAUUUCGAAGUGGUUUUGUGAGUAAUGCCGGUAUUAAUAUAGUUUUAAGUGUAAGGACUAUGUGAACAAUGUAAAGAUCUAGAUUUUAAAUAGGAAGUGAAUGAAUUGAGUAGGAUUUGUUAUUUUUGAACACUCAUGAUAAUUUUAAUAUAUUUGGUAGAACCUGUCCCCGGGCAGUGCAGAUGGUUAACGUACUUGGCCGCUAACCAAACGGUUGGAAGUUUGAGUGCACCCAGAGGUGCUGCAAAAGAAAGGCCUGAUGAUCUACUUCCAAAAAACCAACCAUUGGAAAUUCUGCGGAGCACAGUUCUACUGUGAUGGGAUUGCCACGAGUCGGGAUCCACUUGGCAGCUGGUGGCUUUAUCUCAGAGUGAGAUGUCGUUUUAAGUAGUCACCUUGCGAGAAUGUGUGUGUGCUAAUUUCAGCCCUUUAACAACUCCUCUUUGGAAUUUCCCUCAGCUAGAUUUCAAGCUGGGUCAGAAAACCAGCCUCAUUAUUAUAUAGACAGAUUUCUGCUUUCUGGAAGUCAGAAUUCUAGCCUGAUCUGCCUUGAUGACAGCAGACAUGAUGUUGAUUGAAUUUUAAAAAAUUGAGUUAUAUAGUUGACAUAUACAAUUUUUAAAGCAUACAAUUCACUGGUUUUUAGUAUAUUUGCAAGGCUGUGCAACCGUCAUCACUAUAAUUCCAGAACAUUUUUAUCAUCCAAAAAAAAAACUCCAUACCUGUUAGCAGGCACUCCCCAUUUUCUGCUACCCCCAACCCUUGGCGACCACUAAUCUACUUUUUAUCUCUCUGGAUCUUCCUGUUGUGGACAUUUCAUAUUAAUGCAGUUAUACAAUAUGUGGCCUUUUGUGUCUGGCUUCUUUGAUUUAGCAUAAUAGUUUCGAGGUUCAUUCAUGUUGUAGCAUGUAUCAGGAUUUAAUUCCUCUCUGUGGCUGAAUAAUACUCCAAUGUACAGGUAUGCCAGAUUUUGCUUAUCCACUCAUCAGUUGAUGGACAUUGUGUUGUUUUCACUUUUUGACUGAUAUGAAUAAUGCUGCCGUGAACUUUCAUGUACCAGCUUUUGUGAGAAGAUGUUUUCAGUUCUCCUGGGUGUAUGUAUACCUAGGAGUGGAAUCACUGAGUCAUGUAGUUACUCUAUGUUUACCUUUUAGAGCAAUAUAGUUGUCUGUUACAUAGUUUUAAUAGAUAAUUAAUUACUUAAUGUAGGGGGGAUUAUUUUUUUAAUGGCAGCAAUCAACUAUGUGAAUUCUGAGCUCAGUCAGUACUUUAAAUAUGCCUUAAUUUCAUAAUACUCUGUGCUUUCAAGAGAAAAUUGCACAGUGUUAAAGAAGUAUGAGAGUUGUGUGUUUAGUAAAAGAGCCAUCUAUGACUACUAGAAAUGGCAGGAUUUAGGAAGCCAUGGACUAGUUGCUGUCUGACUUUUCUGAGUGUUGUAUUAUUCUGUAAUCAGUAAGAUUAUAAUCAAUAAGAUUACAGGGUUGAUGGAUAGAGGAAGUUUGCUGUUUGUUUUUUAAAUUCUUGGUCCUUAAUAUUUUUCUCAUUUUAUUAUAAUAGGUGUAUUGUAUUUUUUAUAAGGUACAUCAUUUUUAGUCAUUUCCUCAGUUGUUACACUUUGAGAGCUGCCUUUACUUUGUUCAAUCUUUAAUCUAGAGAUUCUCAAGCUUAGUUUUAAAUGCUCCCAACUUCUAGUUUCUCUCUCAAUUCGUUAAUAAUCUCUUUGAAGGAUUCUUGGUGAAUCCUUUUAGUAGAGCAGCUAAUUGAAUUUUAGAAGCACAACUGUUUAUACUUUUUAGAAGAUGGGUGUUUGCAAAGAGGUUUUAAAUUGUAGCAGAAGGUAGGCUACAUGUGUGCGCUGGUGUGGUUUUUUUGGUGGGGGAAGAAGCUUAGGUAGGAGGAGAUUGUUCCCUGAACUUUAGCACUGCUUUAUGAAACUGGGCAAUACAUAACCUGAAGGGUGGUAACAGUAUCCAAGUGGAAUUUGUUCUCCCCUGUGACUCAAGCAGCACUGCAUCAGGUCAGAUAUUUGACCCACAGCCAUGUCCUUUGACUGUAUCAAAUGCUUACGUCAAGUUCAAGCAAAAUGUCAAAUUCAUUACAGGCCUCCAUACCCUUUAAAGAGGCCUUAUUUAGGGCCACUGCAUUAGCUGUAGGGGACUCUUCCGUGAAAUUCAAUUUUUAGGUAGCUGGAAUUUUCAGGAAAAUGCUUUGGGAAAGCAGGUUAACAGUACUUUAUUUCUUAAAGAAACUUAGCCUUUCAAACCAGAAGUUAUAGUCAUUUGAAAAAAAAGGUGUACUUUGUGGAUUUGCCUUUAAAAUUAGUUAACUUUUGGUCUCUUUUUAAGAAAUGGUGCCCUAGAUCCUAAUUUUUGUCAUUGGUAAUAACAUUUAUUGAUCUAUUUGGGAGAUGUCAAAUAUUUUUAAAAAUCUGAUAUUUUCUAUCUCCCUGAGAUCUAAAAUCAUUUGUUUCCUAUUUAACAAUUCACAAAAUCACAUCAUAUAUCAAGACUUUUUGGAAAAACUGGCCUACCGCAGAGGGCAUUGGGGUAAUAACAUAACUAACUUAAUAUUUGUUUAAAUUGAGUUGACAAUCAGCAAGGUUCUUUCAGUUUAGCUUAAAAUUUCAAAAUAGAAACCCAAACCAAACCUUUUGCUGUCGAGGUGAUUCAGACUCAUAGUGAUCCUAUAGGACAGAGUCAAACUGCCACUUGUUCUCCCAAGGAGCAGCUGGUGGGCUCAAACCACAGAUCUUUCAGUUAUCAGUCCAGCUCUUAACCGCUGGGCCACCAGGGCUCCUUAAAGAAGAAAAGAGACGCUAAAUGUUUUUAAGUAAGAUCCCAAAUAAAAUUUUACGGUGGGUGAGAGGAAGGCAGAAAAAUUUCUUUUAAAGAAUGAAAAUACUUCGCUCUCCUUUUUCUAAGCAUUUAUCUAACAUCUAACACAAAACAAGAUUCCAGUACUUCAUAUAGUGCUUUGGAUUUUACAAAGUGUUUUUACUUUCUGCCUUAUUUAAUCUUUAUAAUUAUGAAAUAGCUGCUCUUAUCUCCACUUAAUCUGAGUCUCGUUGACUCAUCAGUGAGGUCAGCACAGCUAAUAUAGUUGGGACUUGAACCUGGAUCUCUUGCUUGUAUGUCUAAUGCUUUUCAAAAAAUAGUUUUUUUGUGCUUAUAAAAGUAACACGUGUUCAGAAAUACACAAUAUAAGAAGCCUGUAACUCAUAACUCGGCUAUAAUCAGUGUGGUUUCCUUCUAUCUUUGUGUAUAUACAACUGUGCGUAUGCACAUUACAGGUAGUCACUGACUUACGACUUAUUCGAUGAACUGCACUUACUAGCAUGCUUUUUUGCUGUUGUUUAUCUUAUCGUUAGUAAUAUGUGCUACGUACAUUGUUGCAGCAUGUAAUUUGCUGAUGUCAUCAUUCUCAUGCCAACCUCCAAAGGCAAAUAAGGAUCGGGUUUAUAAAGAUACUAAUAAUAAAAGGCAAUAAUAAUGAAAACUUAAAAAAAAACAAAUGAAGUAUUCAGCUUAUGCCAGAACUGGUCUAUGACAGAGUUGUCAGAACAGAACCCUGUAGCAAGUUGGGGAUUACCUGUAUUGAAUAAAAUUGGGUUAAUGUAACAUUAAUUUUAUUUAAUGUAAAUUGACUGUGUUUCCAUAUUGAUAAGCAUAACUGCAUCAUAUUCUACUGUAUGGAUAGUCCAUGAUUUAUUUAACCAAUUCCCCAUUGUUAGUUUCUUAGAUUGUUCCUAAUUUUCUAUUAUAAAUAACACUAGAGUAAAUAUCUCUUUACAUCUGAAUAUUUCCUUAGGAUAAAUUCCUUGAAAAGUAUAGUUCCUGGGUCAAAGAUUUAUGAACACUUUGCAAAACCUCUGAUAGACAUAUUACCAUAAUGCCCUCCAGAAAAGUUAUACUACUUUAUACUUUUCCAGUUGCUAUAAAUUUGUUCUUGGCAGUAACCUCAUUGUUGACCUUGAGUCUAUCUAGGUUGUUAAACAGUUUUUGAUAUGAAUACGUUUGUAGCUGGUGAAUAGUUCCAGAAUUGAUUGAAUUGUUGGUAUGAAUCCCAAGGACUGCGGAAUGACUGCAAAAACUUUGCCAGAGACUACAAAAGUGACUUAACUACAAAGAGUGCUUUUUGUUGAAGCGUCUAGUACUAUUUUUACUUGUGCUAAUACCAACACAUUUUUGCACUGAUUUUUCUUUUAGUCAUUAACAGAUUAUUUGGGAAGAAAGGAGAUUUAUCUCUUUCUAGACUACUGUGACUGUACAUUUUGAUCUUUAAGUGAUGCCAUCAUCAGGCAAGUUUUCUGGCUUAGAAUUCGUGCACGCUGCCUUUUGAGGUAGAAGCAAAAGGUUGGCUGUGCUGAAUGAAGCAGACAAAAAGUGCUUCUGUUUUCACAUUGAUGUUUGGAUAGCACUUUUGGAUCAGAAACUAGAUCUGAACUAUUUCCAUUAAGACCUAGAAAACUGUUCAUGUCCUCUAGGUUGACUACUAAUUGGUAAUGUGAUUAUCAGUGGUUUUAUGAAAUGAAAAAGUCUAAACAGGGACAUCUUGUGCGUGUGUUGUUUUCAAAAAAGUCCAGUUCAUUUGGUUCUUGAGUGGCAAGUUUGAUCUUAUCAUUGUUUUUCUUGUUAAUGUACACUGAAUUCACUGAACAGUCAAUGGUCUUUGCAUAACAAGGUCAGUGUGCUUGUAAAUACAUUCCACAUGUUAAUUUAUUUAUAGGUUGUUUCAAUUCAAGGAAGUCAAUUAAUGCUAAUAUAUAUCCAUCUGUCUUUUUUAUCACAAUUUCAAAUUGAAAAUGGUCUGUCUGACUUUUAGGUAGUGCCUUAAAGGAGAAAAACUUUUCCAACAUUUUAGUCAGGAGAUUAAGACUAAAGUAAAAGGACAUCAUUACUGAAAGGUCUCUGAAAAUAUACAUGUGGUAGUGUGAUAAGGAGCCGGGAUAAAUCGGGAAGCCUGAAAUGGAGCCUUUGCUUCAGAAUUAGGUUAUGCACUAAAUGAAAUAUUGUAUGUGAAAUGUGAAGUAUAGCCACGUUUGUUAAUCUUUGUAAAUAAUUUCUAAAAUAGGCUGCUUUUUCUUGUAGUAUGAUUUAGAAUCCCAGAAUCUUAGGCCUGAAAAAGGGCCUAAUUUGUCCUCCCCCUCAUUUCACAGAUAAGAAAACUAAAGCGUGGAGAUGGCAUUUGUUCAGUAUCCUACAGCCAGCUAGUUGCAGAGAAAGCUGGGAGUAGUGCUAUGUCUAGACUUCUCUUCUAGGGCUCCCCACUUCACCGUCUGUGAGAGGAGCAUCUUGUGAGCACCUCUCCAGGGUGCGAAAAUUAGUGUACCAGCGUGUUCUGACUUUUCAGUACAAUCACCUGAAUUCAUUGUUUCCUGGCUGCCUACUGUUUGUAAGUCCCUGACAGGUGCUUUGGAGGAGACCAGAUGAGCAAAACAGACUUCAACCCUGAAGUUCCUUAGUCCAAGGGGGAGGCAAACAUACGUACAGGAACAGUACAUAAAAUACACAGAAGGUGUUGUGGAAACACGGAGUCAGGCCUCGAGAGAUGGGUUUUUCAGCAGAUUGGAGCAAGUGGGGAGAAGAAUGGUAAGAGUCUUCAGAAUGAAGGCACAGAAAUAGAUUCUCCAGACUACAACUGUUUUGUGGCUAGAGAGUGGUUUAGGCUGGUGGGCUGAGAAGAGGGGGUGCUGUUGAGAAUUGAUUGAGAUCAGAUUGUUGAAGGUCACACUUGAAAUGUUAACAAGUUGGGUGUUUUGAUUUGGGUAGAAGCUAUAUGUUUUCGAUUUUGUUGUUUUUUGGUUUGUUUUGGCUGUCUUUGAAGAGACGGCACGUUCAGAUGGUACAGAAUUCCAAAGAUAUAAAAGAGUGCACAGUGAAAAGCCUCCCCCCACCCCAGUUUCUUGGCUACACAGUUCCUCUCCCAAGAGACAACCAGUCUUAUCAGUUUCUCAUGUAUCCUUCUAAAGAAUUUUUUUUAUAUAUACAAGCGAGUAUGUGUGCACAGAAGGCAUUUGACUAAAGGAGUGAAAGGAGUAACAUGAAUAUACCCACUGCCAUCAAGUUGAUUCCAACUCAUAGCGACCCUAUAGGACAGAGUAGGACUGCCCCAUAGGGUUUCCAAGGCUGUAAAUCUUUACAGAAGCAGACUGCCACAUCUUUCUCCCACAUAGCAACUGGUGGAUUCGAACCACCGACCUUUCCAUUAGCCAGGCGCUUAACCACAAGGGCUCCAACACGGACAUAGUUAACGUUGUAAAAAAAGAAAUUGAUACAGAGAAUGUAAUGGGUGAGCAGGAGGCAGAAGACCCAUUAGGAAGUCACUGAAGUAUCCUGAAUGCAAAAGGGCCUAAACCAGGGUUAGUGGACAGUAGUUGGGCUUCAGACACAUUACAAAAUAGAAUCGACUGGACUUAAAGAUGAAUUGAAGUUAGAAAGUGAAGGAGAAGGAGACAUUGAAGUUCAUUUUGAGGUUUUGUACCUGUGGAAGAGUCCUUACUAUUUCUAGCCUGGAAAUGUAGGUGGGUUGGGCUGUCAUUAAUUGGGUUAGGAAAUGCAAGAGCGGGGUCAAAUUUGGGAAAGGAAAAUAGGGGAUUGAUCAGUGCAAGAGGCAUUUGAUAGGCAGUAUCAUCAGGGCUGUGGACUCAAGGCGUGUGAGUGGUAGAAUCAUCUGCGCAGUUUUUUACGCCUCUGAAGGUCCAGGCCCAUCUCGUGCCUGUUGACUCCGGGUGGGGCUCGGGUUCCACACAGGUAACCUCAGUGUGCUGCAAGGAUUGAGAGCUGUUGUGCUAGGUACUAAGCCAGCCACUGGAAUUAAAAACUGGAUAGUAUGUGUGAGAGAGGCUCAUCCCUCAAGGGGCUCGUGACAUGGGGAGAAAGGAGAAGCACAGGUAAUGUAGAGGCACUGGGAUUCUUGCGGUGACCUGGGAAAAUGGCUAGGUCCAUUUCAGUGUUUCUGAUUAUUACUGUAAGAUUUUUUCAUUUAAGUGAGAUAUUUCUAAAUCUGAACCCUGGCACAUAGUAGGGAGCAGGCUCUUAAAAGAUAUUUGUUAAAAAAGGAUACUUCAGGAUCACUUCUGGGGAAAAGAAAAAGUAAUCCUUGAAAGUACAGGUGAAUUGAUGUAUUUUUGGAGAGAAAUAUAUAUACAUUUGUAUUUGAAAACGUUACUGUUAAUUGUUUCUUGGAAUACUGAAUGGUGGUGGAUGUACGACUGAAAAAGCUGAACGGACUACUCAGCCUUUGUACAUUAUUGAUGAGUGGGAAUUGUCCUUUGGUUGUGACCAUAGGCUAAUGCUUGUAGAGCUUACAGCCUGAGUGAUGAUUCUUUUUUUUUUUUUGAUUGCUAGAAGCUGUACUGAUCUUUUUGCUGCUAUUUGGUCUUUCUUAAAGAUAGACAUAGCUGUCAUAUAGUGAACUAUGAGCUGAACACUGUGGCAGGCACUUCUGAAACAUUCUCUCUGUUCCUCACAGGUGAAUAUACGAAGCUCAGAGAUCUCCCCAAGGACACCUUUAGUACACUUUCUCCUAGUCCUGGAGCUGAAGUUUGCACCCAGAUAUGAUUCUGAAGCCUAUACCCUUGCCCCGUAUGCCAUACUACCUUUCAGUUUCAUAAUGGCAAUUUAAAACUUUCUUUUACUAAGAUGAUUUUUGCUGAUUCUGAAUACUGUUUACUAUACCUAGGCUAACAGUUGAGCACAGCCACUUCAUUAAAACAAAUAAAGGCCUCUGAGCCUGGUAGAAUAAGGUCAGUGUGCCACAAGGAUGUAGGUAGCCUCAGGCCGGCUUUUCCUUUCAGGGGACCUCUAAAAACCCAGAACUCCAUGCAAUGCGUUGGUGAACUGAUUGAUGGUGAGAAGUUCCUGGCAUAUGCGUAAUAGGUAUACACCUGGAAGUCAGGUUUCUGGACUGUUCGACGAUGACGACCUAACUGGGGUUGCAGAUGGUGUAGGAGGAUGGAGAGACUAUGGAGUUGACCCGUCUCAGUUCUCAGGGACUUUAAUGCGAACAUGUGAGCGUUUAGUAAAAGAAGGACGGUUUGUACCGAGUAAUCCCAUUGGAAUUCUCACCACAAGCUACUGUGAGCUGCUGCAAAAUAAAGUACCUUUGCUUGGUAGCAGCACUGCCUGCAUCGUGGUGCUGGACAGAACUAGCCACCGCCUACACACAGCAAACCUGGGCGAUUCGGGCUUCCUGGUUGUCCGGGGUGGCCAAGUCGUGCAUCGGUCAGAUGAGCAGCAACAUUACUUCAACACUCCGUUCCAGCUCUCCAUUGCACCACCUGAAGCUGAGGGCGUCGUCUUGAGUGACAGCCCGGAUGCUGCUGACAGCACAUCUUUUGAUGUCCAAUUAGGAGACAUUAUCCUGACGGCGACAGAUGGACUGUUCGACAACAUGCCUGAUUACAUGAUCCUUCAGGAACUUAAAAAGUUAAAGAAUUCCAAUUAUGAGAGCAUACAGCAGACUGCAAGAAGCAUUGCUGAACAAGCUCAUGAGCUGGCCUAUGACCCAAAUUACAUGUCACCAUUUGCACAGUUUGCUUGUGACAACGGAUUGAAUGUGAGAGGCGGAAAGCCAGAUGACAUCACCGUCCUCCUUUCAAUUGUGGCCGAGUAUACAGACUGACUCAUCUAGAUGUCAGCUCCUGCCUUUCCUUUCACCGUCCCAAACUGUCCCCUGCCGUGUGCUGAUUCUGCGGGCGGGACCACGUUUCUUUGCCACUGAUUCUCACUGGCCAGUGAUGUGAACCUUUGGCCUGUCUUUUUGAGACUCAGUUGAGCUCUUUGUUGAGAACCACUACUGUCAUUCACUAGCUCAUGUCUGCCAGCAACAACUGAAGAGGAUCGAGAUUUGAAGACUGGCCUUCGUUUCUCCUUGUCCUUUUCCGUGAUGGGAUGGGGACUUUCAAAGUCAAAAUGGCCGUUACCUUUCAAAAGUAGUUGAAGCGUUGAAAAUGAGUAAUGUUGGUACAGCAAAUUCAAAACUACAUCGUGUAAAGGGAUUUUUAAAAUCUAACAAAUCAAAUGUUAUGAUACAUCUAUUAGAAACAUAUAUAUUUCAUCCAAAAAAAGUUACAUGUGUACUACACAAGCAUAGUCUUUGUUAUGAUGAUUGGAUGUGGCUUUAUGUUUUUUUAUUAUAAACUCCUGUUUUUUCAGGGGUUUAUAGUUCUGCUCUAAAACUUUGGCUCCGGGUUAUGGAAUCUUGAUCCUGGGAGCUUUUUUUGUUAGAAAUUGGGAGGAAAAUUCAUUUUAGUUCUUUGGAAGCAUAUGUGUCAUGCUUUUUAAAAGAUGCUUAAUUGUGCUCUUGUGAUUAAAUUUUGGCCGUUUGUUGAUUAGUCCAAAUCACAGGCUGGUGGCCCAAUCCAUAGGAGGGGUGAGGGAGACUCCUUACCAAAUUUUUUUUAGUGGAUGUACUACUCAAGGAUGUCAGACUCCUCAACACCUAGAAAUUAAUGUUAUGGCUGAAAUUCCUCCCAGCUAUCAGGUAGGAUGCCCCUGCAUGGUAGCUCAAAGCCCGCAGGCCUAAUGGGUUGAAUGGACAGCAUGUAACUUGAAUUUUGUUGGCUUUUGAUGGUCAUAAUACCCAGAGUCUUACUCUCGGACCUUUUAUUAGUAGCCCUGCUUUCUCUAGAGUGUGCACCAAAUUCAUUGCGCCCACGGGGAAAGAGCAUCGUGUGUGCAGCGGCAGCAGCACAAAUGUCCACAAGUAAAACUUCUAGUGAUGAUAUGGUAUUUGUAGUUGCCCUAAACAGACAUUUAGGGGUUUCUGAAUCAAGCUUAAUAAUGUUUACAGUUUCCAAAUAGCCAUUUUGCAGUGUAUAGUCUCCUCAUAAAACUAUCCCGCAUUCAGUUUCCCAUUAUCUGCAAGCCCAAACUUAUUUUUAAGGUUUGUGUACAAGUUGACUGCUGUAAAGAUAUAUAUUUUGGGGUCAGUUUUUUUUCUUCAUUAACUUGGUGGUAGAAGAAUAUAUAUACUUAGAAAUCCUUAAAUUAAAGCCAUGUUUUAUAUAUAAGCCAGGUAACAUUGAUGUAUAGAUGAGAAUGCAAUUAAACCCGAUAGGAAUCUACUUGAGGAGAAUAUAGAAAGUCUUUUUCUCUAAAGGAGAUACUUACUCCCUGGUUUAUUGCAUUAAAACUUAUGUUUGAGGUUACCUCAACUUGUUUUAAAAGAUUUUGUUUUGUGAAUUUGUACUGUAUAUUUGAGUAACUGUCAAGCUUUUGUUUUAUUUAAAAUUGUUUAACAUGUACCAUGUACAUGUCAUUACUAUAUUUCAAUGCAUCAUGCUUGUAACAGGCAUUUCAUUUAUAAUAAGAAUGAGUUAUUCAUUUGUAAGCCGUUCAGUAAUUUAUCUACUAUUCCUAAAUUGGCAUAAUGUUAGGUAUCUUCUUUGAAUCACCUUUAAUUACAUGUCAGAAUGCCUUAACUACCCUAAUGUGACAAAACAAUUCUUUGCUAGAGGAGUUGGGAGGGGGGAGGGUUGGGGAGGAUGGAGGGAGACUCAGUUUAAAUAAUGAGAAAUUGUUGUGCAAUGAUAAAACAUGGAAGCGUGAAUGGCAAGUGGCGGGGUAUUUAUUUUGCACAAACUAUUCGCAGUCUUUGUAUUUAAAAAGUAAAGAAAGUUGCAUCCAGAAGGGCUUUGUUGGGAGGAAUACGUUUAUACUUGGGCCGACAACUUCUUUUGUUUGGGGUUUUUCAUUAUUUCUGGUCAGAGGUACGUAGCCUUAUGACCUGGAUAUAUUUUGCAUUAAUUUUCCAAUGCCUACACUUAAUUCCUGGGAAGAGCAGUGCCAGUCAGGUUACUGGUUUUCUUCUGCUCUUGUUUAACCCAUCAAACACAAUCGUUGUACAGCUAGCUUGGUGGUUUUACACAGCUCCUUUAAUCAACUCCUUUUUUGAGAAACGGUCGUUAGAAAUUGACGAUGUGUUCCAGUGAUGUUGAAAAUAGUGGGACAAGAAUUGAUUUUCACAGCGGAAUUGACUUUGGACCUGGCCUGUAGGUCAGUAACAUGAAGUAUUUUCUCUGUUUUCUUUUCCUCUCUGUCCUUUUUGUAUCAUGCACUUAAUUUUGUGACUGUCGGGGGGGGUCUGUUGGAGUGCCACUUACCAAGCAGCUCCUCUCCCUCUCAGUGGUCAGAGGCUGCAUUGGACCCACACUAGAAUUCCAGGUCACAGGGCCCCAGCCUCUGGGGAUGUGACUGUGCUGUACCACUUGGUGGGUCUGACUCUGAACCUGAUGUGUGUGCUCGUUAUAUUUUAAGUCAAGCACUAUAAACACACACACCAUUUGCCUCAUGUAAUGGGACUUUUUUAACAAGAGAAAAAUUGGAUUUCUAAUUUACAUAUGGCAAAUUAUUUAUCCCUCUCUGGAUGCACCAAAGACCAGUAAAGUUUAUAGCUUUUCCAUCUAUAUUUAUAAAGCAAUACUGUAUUAUAAAAGUCAAUAUUUUUAUCACAUGCUUGAAAUUUUUAUUUUGUUCUGUUUUGAAAUGUGCACUCUAAACAUAUCGGAACCUAAUUUCUUCCUAUGAACUUAAGCUGCCUGCGCACAAAAAAUUUUUUUUUUACCGAAUGGAGAUGCAGUAGAGUCCAUAGGCUCUUGAAAACUGAAUUAAGAAAUGAAGGGAAAAAACAAGUUCUCUGUCCUGAAUUACUCUACUGGCUCAACGUGAUUGAUGGGUACUAAGUCACAAAAGAAUUCAUUCCAGGUGUGCAUGUCUGGGGGUUGGCCUGUGUCUAGAUUAGAAACUAGAUUCCAAGCUUUGCAUGCUGGGAGAAGACUUUCCUAUCAGCUGCUUUUGUUCUGGGUAGAACACUAGCCCAGAGAUGGAAACCGCCUUCAGUACCGCCAACCUACCACACCAGUAACGGGGCAGGAGUUGUGGGAGUUUCCCGAGUCGCUGUUGAUGUUUCCGAGAUUGUGAACCAGACUGGCUGGGGCUGUACGUGUGUCUGUACUUUGGGGUGAGUUCAUGGUUCUCCGCCAUCCUAGAUCGCCUAUCUUUGGUGGAAGCUACAGCACCCAAUUUCCCUGGAAACGGUAUCACAUUUUUGCAUUUAACAAAUUUUACAAUAUCAAAGAAACAAAAUUUGCUUAUAAAAUGAAACUAUGAACAAAAAGUAUUUGGAUUCUAUCUGUAAAAAUAAAUACAUAAUAAAUUCAAUCUUUUGCAAAAUUGAACCUAUUAAAAACUGUGUCCAUGUCAAAAUUUUAACUGUAACCAGGUAGUUUGUGUCAAAGAUGGCUAAAUAACGGAAGCAAAAUUGAAUCUGUAUAUACUAAUGAGCUGCUUUUUCUGUUGAGACUAUCGUUAUUUGUCUUACCCAAGAGGCAAUUACCUGAAUUGGAUGUCUGAAAUAUAACUUAUGCAGGAAUAGUUCUGUAAAUACAUUUAAAUAAACUGUAAAGAUAUUUAAUAAAUAUAGUAUUUAUACUAAUCUGUGUACUCUUUUUUAAUUUCAGUAUUAGGUAAAAAUAGAAUAUCAUCCAACAAGACCCUGCCCUUGACAUUGAGUUUGUUGGUCUCCUUCAGGUCAUUUCUAAGGCUCUUGGUGACUACACUUUGUAGCUGUCGUUAUUGCUCUACUAGUUUUUCUGCUUUGGCUCUUUUUCACCAGCUGGUUUAUUAUAUGACCUUAGCUUCUUCAGAAAUCCAUCAACACAGAUUAACCAAAACUGCUUUGCACCUUCCAAAUGGUAAUGGAGUGAGCCACAGAAAAACCUGGUGUCUUAAAUUUAGCAUUCUGUAUCCAGAUCCUAAAAUACAAAUUGUAUGUUAUUUUACAGUAUGACUGUCUUGUAUAGACCAGUGCAGCAUCCAGGCUACUACUCAGCAUCAAGUGUUCAUGACCUCAGUCCCCUGCCUACUACGAUGAGUGAACUGGAAACUUCAACAAAGACACCUACCGUUACUCUUGUGCAUAAAAGUUCUCUGUGUAGUCAUCUUCAUUUGCUAAGAAUAUUAGGAUUUCAGUGUUAAUCAUCAGUGUAAGCAAAAGAUACAUAAAUGUUCAGCCUACUGUGUGAAAGGACUAAAUUAAAAUUAUGUGGGCAUUGCCAGUUUCCCCAAAAAGCUUGGUGAAAGCCCGUUUUCAUUCACUGAGGAACAUCUUGGUAUGAACUUGAGUUUUUAUUAGGUUAUUGUGGGUAGCUGUGACUCAUUACUAAGCUACAAGAGCCAGAUUUGUUCUGGUUUCAGUUAGAACUCUGUUCACAGUUCUAAAACCAUACGAAUCCCCCAGCUAUCUUUGUUUAUGAAUUUCUCACCAAGUCUAAAGCAUAGUUGCUUGCCAGCUAACAUUUCCUUGUGAUCUGGUGGUUUCAAAGACUUAACAAGAUGUUACAGAGUCCAGUGUGUUAGGUUAUGACUGACUGUAAACAGGUUUGUGGAAGGAAGAGGCACACAGUAUACAAUACUACAUAACGGUGUCUUUGUGCCAGACUUUUUAGUCUGUUUUUGCAGGUGAGAAGCUAAUUCUUAAAGGGCAAGGAACAGACACUUAUCUUCCACCUUGUUCCCUUCCAUACCUAGGCUCUCUUGCACGUAGAGGUUGCUGCUCUAUGUCAGAUAAUACAAAAAUUUUUGGCAUCAUUUCCAUUAAAUUCUUUUCUGCAUCACACUGAAAAAAAAAAUCGUAUCAGAAAAAUCUAAGACUCUGAAAUAAAAUUUUACAAUAUAUAGAAAGACUAAAGUAAGGGUGGCUAUAUAUUUUUAUUUUUGGCCUUUUUUCCCCCAGGGUUUUUUAAUCUAAAAAUAUUUUAACAAAAUAUCAGCAGCAAUGCACAAAAAAAGUCAUGGCAUUACAUGAGAAAAGGCUGCAUACCUUUUUACUAUUUCUGAAAGCACCAAAGCUCACAUUUGCAAUCAAGUAUGAAAUACACCUGUCUGCUAAUCACAAAAUUUGUUUCCAGCUAUACUGAUGCACUCCAAAUGUCUGCUGAUGAAAGGUUAAAUACCUUUAUGAAGCUGAUGAAACUGAAAAGCUCUAGAGUGAGCCUGCAUUGAACUAAAGAAUUCUAGUGGGGUUUUCUCUGCAGAGAGAACUCUGGACCCUCCCAAGUAGCAUCACGGAUUUAAGGUGAACUGUAUUACAGCUUGACAGGCACUUAUUUCUAGAUAAAGUCGUUGUAUAAGAUGCCAUUUAGAAGAGCAGAAGCCCAUUCUCCAUUUCAUCUUACAAGUCUAAAACAAUAUGUACUAAGUGUAAAAACAUGUUUGAAAUGCAAGUGAGCCAGUAUAUGGCCUGGGGACCAGCUCGGUACCCGUGCUUAAAUGUUAGAAUGUGGAGAAACUGCCAUCAUUCAUGUCCUCUUGGCUGCCAUUUGCCAGACCGUCAGAAGGGUACUUGAAGUGUUCUUGCUGAUCAGAAGAAACUGCUCCAAAGAACAUGCAAGAAAACUGUAGAGACAAAAAAGUUAACCGUGCUGUUUAUUCCAAAGUGAAAGUUAAACCAACCAACCAAAAAAAAAAAAAAAACCCAAACCA